AUGUACAUUUCGUCAUUAUUAGUGACUAUUGUGCUAAGUUUGAGGACGUUUCGCUGCGAAGUACUGACUCCCGACGGCAAUUUUCUCGCAACGGAGAAGGAGCGUCCCAUUCUCGACAAGUACAAUAUCGAAUAUCUGGACAUUUCACUGCCAUCCAAACAGGAAUUCAAAACAUUUCUUGAAGCCAAGUGUCUGGUAAAUCUCUACAAAACCGCGUUUCUUGACAAUUAUUUGAAAUGGGAACGAGUCGAAUUUUUGAAAAGUGUCCGGAACACGCUCGGAAUUCCGGAUGAGGCGUCUCUCGAAUUUCAAGCUAAGUAUCCCGAACUCUACAACUACCUAUUCGCCCAUCACGAUUUCCGAUCGAGUUGUUCGCGCAAGAACGCGAGUGAAAUGCAGAUCCAUCACGACAUUGCUGAUAGGGCAGCAUUUGACAACUUCAUAUUCGAUCUAAUGUCUCUUUCAAGCGAGGAUAUUACUAUUGCGUGGGGUCAUGAGAAAAAUAAUAUUGACUCGCAGAACAUGAGCUGGAGAUUCGAAUUAUACCAGGAUGUUCAAGAGUCUUUCGAUAAAUCGAAACUAUUUUUUCUUCAUGAUCAAGACGGCGAAAACGGAAAAUUAUUAGCGAUUUUCGAUCUCACUCUGAAAUGUUUUGUAGGAACUGUGCCAUUAAACCAGCCAGGCACUUGUAAAUUUAUUUUUGCUCUUAAAUGCCCAUCAAUAGAAGGGGGAACGACAUUAUGUCUUGUGACUGAUUUGGAGAACCAUGAUCAUCAUGUUCUCAAUGUUUUCCGUAUUGAGUUGUCUGGCGAUGAUCGUAGUGUGAUUUCUUCGCGUCCAAUUGUUGAGCCGCUUGAGAUCACUGGUGAAUUCAUUUGCACGAUGCGUCACGAGUGUCCUGAAUUGAUUGUUAUGGCGAAUCCUGGUCUUCGAGUUUUGCGUCUUGAUUGUACCGCCGAAAAAGUGCAGAUUCCGCACAUGGUGCAAGUGCCGAAUGCCGAACUCAGCCAUUUUUAUGAUGGAUUUGUGAACCGGGAAUUGGUCGUUUUGAUGUCCGCAACUCCAGACGGCCACUUUGAUCAUUCUCGGGUUCAUAUUCUUGAGUUGGACCAUCCGCAAACGAUAACGACGAGGCCUUGCUUGCCAGAUCCCGUUCGCGGAUUCCCCGUAUCACGAAGACAAUGUGGUCUCGACUCGAUUCCCGGCGCAAUUCUUUUGGCUGGCGGCGAGUUGAUAAAUAACGGACAAGUCGAGAAGCUGGUCGACUAUUGGAUUCUCGACACAAAUACAUUUCAGUGGACACAGCUUGAUGUUGAAAUGACAUGUGCAUUAAUUGAGCCGCGAGUUUUGACGGCGAACUCUGGAAACAUUUACAUUUGGGGCGAUUCCGAUGAGCAUAUCGCUGGUCUACCGCAAAUGUCCAACCAUUUGCGCAUUUUGAGAAUUACGGGUCUCCUCAAAGAAAAUGAUUUUGGUAACGUUUCCAUAUCUUCGGAGAUCAAGACAAACGAGAUGCCACCGCCUUCGUUCCGUGUCUACACACCACAUCCUUCGGAUUCCGGAAAAAGUAAAUGCCUCAUCCAAUAA